AUCAUGGCUCCCUUUCUGUCCCUCGACCAGUUCUAUGACAAAGCUUGGGGUCAUGUGUGGCCUCACCACGAAGGCAGAGUUUCUAUAGCCGACAUCGGCCUGCCCAUCAACACCGAUCCCGACGACGUCUUUAACUUCCCUGUUCAAGUUGACGAUCAUUUCGACUACACUUGCUAUGAGGAUUUGGAUGCCAUCUAUCGUCUCCUCCAUUUGAAGAAGUCACACGCGAGUGUUCUCAUUGUUCGUCCUGAGUACGACUUGCUUCGGAUGGCAAUUGAGAGCGAUAGUCAGUUCAAAAACGCGUUCGUCGUGACGGGUCACCCAGGGAUCGGAAAAACCAUAUUCCUCCUAUACCUUCUUCUCUAUCGUCUUCAGCGCUGCCUUCCGACGGCGGUCCAAUUCGACGAUCAUCGUUAUUUCCUCUUCGACGAACAAGGCGCUUUGGCCCGUUCUGUGGUUGAUCUCGACGAACCGCGAAUCCUCCAGUGCUGGGCCCUGGCCGACAGCAAUUCCAACGUCUCCCAGCCGUGUUUAGGCUUCCAAAGUGACGCCAAGCUUGUCAUCCAGGCGUCGUCACCGAAACCCUCGACAUGGAAGGAAUGGUUGAAGCAGGCCGAGGGCGGGCGGCUCUACUCAGAGCUGCCCACGAUACUUGAGAUUGCUGCCAUCCUAAAGGAGUUUUGCUUGGACCCAUCUUCUACUUUCCCCCUCGUGUCCAGGUGGGGACCAUCUACUCGCUCGAUCAUCGACAUCGUGAUUGCUGCCGCCUGUGGACGCGGCUGGACAGUCGAAGAAGAAUUGGAAGCUGAUGCCAACGGAGCAGCAAUCCAGCAGCGAAGGUUUUAGCGUCAGGUUCGUCCGCCCUUGCCGCUCAUACGACAACACGGCCCUCACCUCGUCACGAGCUAUCUCCUUCAUCCCGACGAAGUUCCUCGACAAUCUCUUCGCAGCACAUUGCACCGAAUUUACCAACCAGAAAUGCCUCGACCUUUUCAAAGCGUUCAGUUCUAAUUCUCUGACACGGACCGCUGCCGCCUGGGGUUUCGAAAUUCGCGUGCAUAAACACCUGUAUACAGCCGGUGUGGAUCUUGAUAUCUUUAGAGCCGAUGCACUGCAGAUGAAGAUGCGACCGUCGCCCAAGCUCGUCCCUGGCACAGCGGCCGGGCUUAAGAGCACCAGUGCGCGUGACUCCUUCUACUGGAUGCCGUCCGUCAUGAAUUUUCCGGGUAUCGAUGGCGUUCUCGGCGAUACCGAGGGGAACAUCUUUGCCGUGCAGACGACUAUAGCAGACGACCAUCGUACUCCCGACGAUGGCCUACGACGGACCUGGAAAGAACUCGAAGACCACGCUCGAAGGGGUCGUACCUGGCACUUGGUCGUCGUUGGAGACACUCCAAGAGCGGUUAAUGGGCUCGUAGCGAAGUAUUCGAGGCAUUUGGAGCAUUUCACCCUUGGCCUCUCGCGGGUACAUGUGCAAGUGUGGGGUUAUGUUCUUCCCUUUUCCCGUUUGAUGUAAGCUGUGUUGGAACCACAAGCUGCGCUUCGUACGUUUUUUACGUUUAGCGUUCUACAUCCUUCCUUAUGAUAGAGCUCGGAGCUGUGUCCGCUUGUUCGUCGUACAAUACUUGCUUAUACUUACUCGCGCACCCUCGUAUCGCGCACUUCAGACUUUGCCCGUUUCGUGCCAGGUCUGAGGUGAGCUGUAUACCUUAUGAUCGUCCGUUUCGAGCCUUUGCUUACUUUACCUUUAGUUCUAACCCUUGUCGGGUUCCUUUAGGUGAAUAGAAUAGACUUUGC